AUUUUCUUUAUUUCACUAAAAUAGAAUGGAUACAGUAGCAAUCCAAGCAUGGUCCAACUCAAACCUUUACGCCUUCCAUCUCUUCUUCACUAUUUCAAAAAACAAACAAAACUGCAGCUUCUUUUUGUGCAAGUAUCAUCAUAAAACUCUUAUUUCUGCUGAUUUCAAUUUCAAAAUUCAAAUUCAUAUCACGUCGUUGCUUUCUAUCAUGUUAUAUUUUGAAUUUGAAUUCAAACUCACUCAGAUAUAUUUCUUUUCUCUCUAGCCUCACACAGCCGUUUGCUCCAUGUAUCAUAUGUCCCUCUCUCUCUCUCUCUCUCCCUCUACCCGAAUCUCUCUCUUCCUCCCUCUGUCUAUCUCUCUCUCCCCCGGCUUUCUCUACACUCUCUUUCCGUUUCUUCGUGUGUUUCCGUCCGACUCUCUCUCUCCCCCUUACCAUGUCCCUCUUUUCUAAUAUAUAUGUAAUUGACCAUUGAGGCAGGGGAGUGAGUAGUGAUCUUCUAAUGGAAGAGAUACGAUUUGUGCUUCUUCUCUCUCUAUCGUGUUCCCCUUUUUCUAGGGUUUCAAGAUUCUCCAAUUUAAUCUCUCUCUCGCCGGAGCUGGUUGGAGACUUCUCUGAAGAAAUUAUUAAAAGAGAAAAGCUUUGGACAGGUGUCGCAGACUUCUUGCAAGAAGUAACAUCAAAACAUGAUCAGAAGCAAUGUUGGCUGCAUAAGGAUGAACCUUACAGAUAUGUUACAGCCCAGGAAUUUUCCAAAGCUUACCUAUCAUUUCAUAAAGUGAUGUAGUGCAGUUCACCGUUUUGGAGGUUAAGGUCAUUGAAGGUCACCGAACUACAAUUGAUGUGGUGUUGGUCAAUGGUGUCCUUCAUGAAGGUGACCAGAUAGUUGUCUGCGGUUUGCAGGGAACUAAAUGUGGAUUCUUUUAUAGGGACCUAUUGCUACGACGAUACGAGCUUUAUUGACUCCUCAUCCAGUGAAGGAACUCCGUGUUAAGGUGAGUUCUCUCUUGAUUAUUUUUUGUAUGAGUUUCACUGACUGUUGUCUUUUCUCUCCUGCUAAGUUUCUCAGUAGUCUUUUUUUUUUUUGAAUAAGUUCUCAGUAGUCUUUUAAAAGGCUAUUUUGGGACUCUUAUUCAUUGAUCUGCAAAUCAGAAAUUCAUCGAAAAUGCUUAUGUUACUGUUUGAUGAUUGUUCAAUGUUGCAUAAAAAUGUAUUGUAUAUAUUUACUCAAUGAUCUUAUAAUAUUUUUUUUAACAAUAUAAUAUAUAAUUUUAUAUAAUCAUAAUAAAUGUUGUGAAAAUAUAAUUUUACUAUAUCAACUUUACUUUAUUUUGUGAGACAUAUAAAUACGAAUUUAAUUUUAAAUUUUAAUUCUGAAAAAUUAUAUUGAUUUAUGUUCAUCAAUUCAUGUGGAGUGGAAAAACAUUGUUCCACGUGGUAAAACAUUGUAGUGGAAGCACUUUUUUGAGUGAAACCAUCAUACAAAAUAAGAACUCUCGGGUCUACCACCUGCACCCAGAGGAUUGUCACAAGUUGAAGUGACAUUUGAUAUUGAUGCCAAUGGUAUGUUACUGUUUCUGCAAAGGAUAAGGCAACUGGAAAAGAGCAGCAGAUUACGAUAAAAUCAUCUGGGGGGCUUUCUGAAGAAUAUGGUCAGGGAAGCAGAUUUACAUUCUCAAAUACAUCAGGAGAGGAAAGAAUUGAUUGACCUCAUAAAUAGUGCUGACACAGCUAUAUAUAGCAUCGAAAAGAGCUUGGGCGAGUACAAGGAUAGGAUACCAUCAGAGGUGGUUACAGAGAUUGAGACUGCUGUGUCGAGCUUGAGGACAGCAAUAGGUGGUGAAAAUGCUGAGGAGAUCAAGUCCAAGCUCGAUGCUGCAAAUAAAGCCGUUUCAAAGAUUGGGGAGCAUAUGAGCAAAUAGACCAACCUGCCAGCCUACCAAGUUCAAUCAAUUAAGACUAAUUCAAAUCAGUGCAUUGGUUCACUACCAUCAGUUUUUUGUACUUGGAGACUCCAAAGUCCAAAGGUAACUUGAAUGCUGAGAAUAGAAGAGAGUAAGAUUUUUACAUUUAUUUAAAAUGCGGUUAUAUAUAAAAUAAACUUCGAUGUAAAUAUAGUUGUACGUCUUUUUGAUCUUGCCUUGAAGGUUUGCUUUUUUAACUUAGCAUUUGUUGCUCUGUUCUGUAACAGGAGUGUCGUUAUGCUAUUGGACUGAAAAAUGUCCACGUUUUAGAUAUAUAAUUUGAAAAAUGUCUCCAUAUGGACGAAUUGAAAUCUUAUGAGAGUGUCUUGGAUUUGCUUUUUGUAUUUUCAGUUAUUUGAUUAACAUGGAACAUAUCAUGCUUGCUUAUUAGAUGUUAAAAUUUAUAAUUUUUACAGGUUUUGCGCUUUUAUAGAUCAAAAAUGGAUUGAAAGGCUCAUUACGAAAUAAUAAUUUUAGGAUUGGGUUUUGAGCACAGUUGGUAAGAGCGUUCUGUUAUGUUAAUAUGUUAUACCCUGGGUGGCAAUUGCUUGCUUGAGUUCUGAUAAACAAAGAACGAAAAGUAAGGCGAUUAUAGAUGGUAGUUUGAGCUGGAAAGUUUGGCCUAUUGGAGUAGGGUGGAAGAGAUUUCCAUUUGUGAAUAUUUGCUAAAUAUGAAACUAAGAUGGCCUCUAUAUACUUUAUUUUACGUGGUGCUUAUCUUUUUGUCCUGUCUGAUCUGAAUUGAUAUAUUAAGGAAUGGAGGGCUUGGGCACAUUGAAAGAUUUUAGACUAUACGUUUUAUUUCAAGAAGCAAUGAUUGUACAGUGGAGGAUGACAAGUGUUUGAGUUUAAUUUUUCUGGAGGCAACUAAUUAAAAGCUUGUGAAAAGCUAUGGAAACCAAAGAAGAGACACCCAGUGUCAUUGCAAGACUGAUGGGUUUCUAUGAAACGCGACACCAGCGCCCAUUCAUAAAAAGUACAGAGUGCUCUCUGAGGACUACCAAUGAUAGCUGGAUACUUUGCCGUUACUUGCAACUUCCUAACAGACAACAAGCUGGUAGACUAAUGUACACAGUACACACUUACUCACAUAUGUAUGCAUGUAUGUGUUUGGAUAGGUUUGUUCUUAUUGUCUUUCCUGUGCAUCUGGUCACUAAAACAUGUCAGGCAUUUUACUCUUUACAGAACAAGCCUAGAAGAGAGAUUUUUUUAACCAAAUUGGUCCAUUGGGAUUCUAUGGUGUCUACAGACUACAGUAGCAGCAUUUCAAUAUAUUUCAGAGCAUACCCUAAAUUAAGCA